AUGUUUACUUUCUAUAGUAGUAGUAGCGGUAAUCUUGUGAAUGUCGCAAAAUAUACAAAAUUCAAUAAAUUCUAUGCAUUUCAAUUGUUGACGAAUAUAUUCUCUCGUCAAUUAAAGGUACCAUCCAAUCCUGUGUACAUACCUGUUAAUGAGGAUGCCGAGGAAAUAUUAGAGAAUUAUUAUAUUCCAGGAAAAUAUCAACAUUUUCUUAAAAAAAAUAGAAGGAAACUUAAGAAGGAAGCUCGUGAAGAAUCAUACUUUGGGAAAGAGCCUCCUUUGAAAUAUACGUCACGGAAAUCUCGAAUAGAACAAUAUCCAAAUGUUACCGAGGAAAUAACAUACAUUGAUGGAGAAAAAUUUAUUACGCCUAUAGUAUCCAAUAAUUCUACCCAACGUAAUCUUGCUCAGCGUUUAAAUCGGGCAAUUAUUAAAUGCAAUGAUGAAGUUCCUCAUGCGUUUUUAACUUCUGCUUUCAUAAGAGUUGUUAAUAUUUCGAUAUCACCUAAUUUAAAAAUUGCUCGGGUUUGGUGGAGACCGGAAGGACAGAAAGGUAUUAGUAAGGCUGUUAUAGAGAACAGUUUUAAUCAACACCUUACCCAAUAUCGAAGUAUGCUUCAACGUUCAAUGUAUGUAAAGAAACCUCCCAAAAUUAUAUUUUGUCGAGAAGAUUUACAAUUAAAAGAUAUAAAUAAAAUUUUGGUUCAAAUUGAAGAAGAAUUAAACGGUAAUCAACAACGACAACAGCCAGAAGAUAUAAAGCUUGAAAAUGAAAAGGAUUUAACGGAUGGACUACAAGUAUUAACUUCAUUGGAUGACAAUGAUAUUAAAAAGUAG